AUGACUGAAUUACACUCCACUCAUUCUACAGAAGAAAGUAAUAGUAAAAUGGUAUCUAAUAUAUUGAUUGAUGCCACCGAAGUUCAGAAUGAAGAAGGUGAAACACGUUUUCCGAUUGCAUAUCGAUAUUUACUUACAAAAUAUAUAUGGUUACUAAUAUAUAUUCUAAUUGUUUUUGGUGUUCUGGUGACAGUUCCUUCCCAAAAUGUUGAAAAAUUCUCAAGUUCGUUUUCAAAAUUUAAUUCAUCAGAGAAUCCUUCAUUAUUUAUUCACACCACAGAUUCACAUGUUAGCUCAUACAAGCAAACAAACAAUAAGAACUUCAGAGAUGCCCUUAAUUUUGCAAAAUCAUUCAAUAAUACCCUUAUUGUUAAUAGUGGUGAUUUAGUUGAUGACUGGAAUUAUUCAAGUAAGCUUCAUUUAGAAUAA